AUGGGAAACCUGGAGGGGUUAGCAUUCUCCCCAGUCAAGGAAGAUCGAUCAAAAGCAGCCAUGCCACCACCAACGGCAGCUCCUCUCAAAGCCAAAAAGGGUCCCGGUAAUGGAGCAAACAACAAGUCCUCUUCGGCCCCCUCAGUCAAGGCUGCCGUUCCAGCAUCUGCUACGAGCAGGAGAGACAAACUCAACAAAUGGAAAGAGGAAAAAGAACUGAAAAGAAAACAGAUGGCUAGUAAAGCCAAACCACAGGUGUUCAAAGUGUCGAAGCUAGACCACAAAGAAGACGCAAAUCUGUUCAUGUCUUCAAAAAACAAGACCAAGUCUGCAGCCAAACCAGCAGCAAAACCUGUCAGCAAACCUGUUAGCAGACCAGCACCAGUACCUCAGAGGUCUACAAGGUCAUCUACAAGGUCAUCAGCAAAGCCACCAACCAAUGGAGUGAAGGACACCUCAAGGACAAGAGCUCCUGUCAAGAAAGUUGAACCUGCCCCAUCAACCAGAGCCAGGAGAGGGCCCCCUCCUCCUCCUACUUCCAAACCAGCAUCAUCAAGAAUGCCAAGCACAAGAACAACAGUCUCAACCAACCGUGCCCCGCCCACGACCAGGCAGUCGGCACGCCUGGCAACCAAGCCAGCCCCUCCCCAGAGCAAGACUGGUCGCACCACCAGGGGGGCCAAGGUGGAGAAGCCUGCUCCAGUUGUGAAGAAAGCCGCUCCAGUGGUUGAGAAGUAG